AUGUAUCAACAACUCAUGGGAUCAACAUUUGUGUAUGAGCAUUGUUGGCAUCUAUUGAAGGAUCAACCUAAAUGGACUACUGAAACUAGCAAGAAAAAAUCCAAGACUAGUCCAAAUGCAUGCCCUGCAUCUUCUUCUCCUUGCAUUCCAUGUGCAGUCAAUUUAGGGCAAGAUUCUCAAGAAUCUAGAUGUAUAGAAAGGCCAGAAGGUAAAAAGGCUGCAAAGAGAUUGGCAAGCCAGAGAAAGGGUAAAAAUCCAAUGGGUGGAAAUGCAGAGUCUGCAAUAGAUCUUCAAAUGGAAAUCCAAGAAUUAAGAAAACAGAAACUGGAACAUGCACGCAUACAAGAUGAGCAAUUCCAAUUGAUGUAUGUUGCAAAGCAAGAGCAACUUGCUAUUAGGCGUGAAGAAGUCCUAAUUCAACGUCGAAGUGAGGAUUCUAGAAUAAUGGCAAUGGAUACUACUGACAUGCUAUCAAUGCAAGCAGAAUAUAUUAUAGGCCUUCAAAAGGACAUCUUGUCAAAAGCUGCUAGGAGGAAUAAGCCACAAAAAUUUGCUGAUUAG